GUAAGUAUGCAACCAAAACAUUGACAGACGAGUCACACAGGGUGGUGGCAGUGACAUGAGACUUCAGUCCUAAUGUCACUCAGGUUACGGUCAGAUCACAGGCUGUAUGGAGUGAGUGCUAUGGCUACAGACUUGGGUUGGAUGUCAGGCCACACUUCUUCUAUAGACAACACUAUUAUCUCCAUCCUCUUCCUCAUUGUCUACGUCAUACUCUACACACUCUGUAGCACCUGUUUCAGUGAGACUCCAGAGUGUCCGGAGGAGAAAGAAAAUCCCUCAUCUCUCUCACUGAGCGUAAAUCUAGAAGAUCACUGGAGCACAAAUAGAACCACAAGCAAUGUGGAUGCUAAAUCGGACAGUUAUUUCAGCCGGGAAACGACUCCCAGAAUUCCAGACACCCCUGAAUUCUCACUCAGAUCCACAGGUUCAACGUCUCCAGAACUUCCUGCUCUGCCACCAAUUCCACCACUCUUCUAUUUCUCCGCAGUCCAACUGGAACCACCAAUGGUGUCUGCUUCUUCUUCUUUUUAUUCUUCUUCUUCAAGACAGCGAUUAGAGACAGACAAAUCCGUUUGGGAGUGUGUGACACCUCCACCUGAAGAUAUCAACAGCGUGUUUAUGGAGACAGUCAGCGAGGAGCAUCCGUAUGAAUGUAUAGACAAUGUAAGAGUCAGUGGACCUUCAUCGUCAUCUCCCUGUGAUGAAGAUGUGGAGGAGCGAUGGGAGAACGGAAGUCCCUACCACACGGUGGCGGAAUGGACAGAUCCGAUCGCUACUUAUGACUUAGCUACGCCCCUUCCUGUGACAGACGGCAAAAAAGCAGAGGAGUUAAAAUUUAUUUUCCCGCCUCUCCCAGCCAUCCAUGAUGAAAAAAUGAACACAGACAGAACCGCCCUCUAUGCAGAAGUGAACCUGAAAAACAAAAGUCGGAAAAGCACGGAAGAAGCUCCUGUUGUACAAGACACUGUGGUGUCGGAUGAGGACGAAGCGCCGCCUCUUCCGAUAAAAAUAUUCGACUAGCAAAUAAAAA